AUGUAUGCGGUUAACGAGGGGCCACCGACCGAGUCGGAGGUCCUGGUCUGUACUCAAAAAAUGAAGAAUGGAAAAUCUGCUGGAGACGACGGGAUUAGCGCAGAAAUGCUAAAAUAUCUUCCUCCGUCAGAGAUUCGUGAGAUGACAAAUAUCAUCCGUUCAAUAUGGAUAGACGAAAGGAUACCUGAUUCGUGGAGACACGCUAUUAUAAUUCCCCUCCACAAGAAGUUGUCCGUCACGGACCCCAGGAAUUAUCGAGGAAUCUCUUUGCUGCGUAUUAUGUACAAGGUAUUGGAGCGCAUUACCGACUCAUUAAACAUCGCGAAGAAACAACGCGCGACGAGCAAGCUGGCUUUCGUCCUGGCCGAUCUACGAUUGACCAGGUAUUCAUCGUCAGAAGAGUGA